GUUAUUAUUUGAAUCCCAAGCACACAAGGCAAUGGCACAUGACCCAUGAAAUAAUUAUUUCAAUUUCACUUUCCAAGGAUUGAAAUAAUUAUCCUUAAAUAUUUUUUCAAAUUUCAAAAAUGAGAUCCCACAUUCCCACUUAACCAAAGCAUCAAUCCUCUCACGGUCUCAAUAUUUUUUCCACAAGCUUCUCAAGCCAGAAGCAAUCCUUUGCCUAGCUCCACCACGCCAAGGGAUUCGCGUCUUUCUUCUCUGAAGUCUGACCCCCUCUCUCUCUCCGUCGCGUUUCAUCGGUGCAUCUGGGUUUCCAGAACAAGAGUGAGAGAAGAACACAAAGAUGAGAUAUUGGACCGAAGGAGAUCCAGAAUUAUCGUGGGCUGAUUUCUGGGCUGAAAAAAUUUGAUUGUAUUGGUUGAUGUUGAAAAGAGAUAAGUCCAAAAGAGAUAGAUGACAUGCCCAAAGCAGUAAUCUUUUUCUUUCAAAAGGUUACUUAUUUCACCUGUUUGCAAGGAUUGUUAGAAAUGAUUCCCAGGGUUUGUUAGACUAGCUUCCAUUUUAAGUUCUAUACCCGCUAUUAUGUGGAGACUCACUCAAGCAGAGGAGGUGAUCUCAUCCAAAUGUGAGAAUUUUUCAUGCAACCCAGGGCUGCUUGCAACAAUUUUCUUUGCAGAUAAGUUUUAUGACCCUUUAAUGAAGUUUAAAACAUUAUAUGGUCAAGUAUUUUGUUCAUCAUUUGCAGACCAUUGAUAACAGUUUUGAGUGCCUUGAUGAAUUUCUUUUCCAUUGGCUCUAACAAUUAUGAAUGAUUUUUUUUCAUGGAAUUUGAUUAGCAAUUUUUGGCUGACGAACUCAAUUUUUGAAGCUUUUCCAUAUUAACUUGAGUUUAUAACAUAACAGUUCAUGAUCGUUUUGCCUCUGUUUGUGUAGGCUCUGUGCGAAUCACUUUCGAUCUCUUCCUCUUCUCCUCUGAGAUCUUCCACUGAAUGCAUGUUCCUGCGCUUGCAUUUUGGAACGGGAAAUAGAGCAUAAAUAUUACUGAUGCUUGAAUUCUUGCCAUCUCGUGAAGCCUCCUUGCUGGUUGUGUUGUUUAAGUGGGUGUUUGCUUUCAUUUUGGAGUUUAAGCCAAUUCUGUUUUGGCUGCCCUUUAUCUCCGUUUUGUUAUUCUUAGCAGGAUUUCUUUGCUGCCGUUUAUGGUCUUACUGUUGAGGCGUCAUACACUUCUUGCAAAACCCAUAUCGGAGAGUUUGGAUGUAUCACCAAAGCUUGAUUCACUCACGAAAAGAUAUGGAUUCCAUUCGAACCUUACGCCCUGGCAGAGUAGCAUGGAGGAUCAGAGCAAGGGUCAUUCGGAAAUGGGAGAUUGCUCCUACUUCUGAACCUUCCAAACCAUAUGCUUUGCAACUUGUCCUGAUUGAUUCUGAAGGUUCUAAAAUAGAGGCAAUUAUAAAGAAGUACAUGAUGAGUAAAUUCAUAAGGGACAUUGUUGAGGGCAAUGUCUAUAAGAUUGUAUAUUUCACUGUUGUGGACAACAAUUGUUCAUAUCGUGCUGCAGAACAUGAGUUCAAGAUUAUGUUCAAUAGCAAAACAAAGAUUCAAAUUGAGCAGUGUGAUAGCAUUCCUAAAGUUGGUUUAACAUUGAAGGAUACAUCAGAAAUUCAGAGUACCAUGGGGGAGUCUGACUUCUUGCUUGAUGUGAUUGGUUUGGUUACUGCUGUUUCUGAUGAGCAACAGUUCUCAAAAUCUGGAAAUGUGACUAGAAGGAUUGAGUUGGAGAUCACUGAUCACAAGGGAAAGAUAAAGAUGGCUUUAUUUGGAAACUAUGUUGAUGUUGUUAAAGGGUUUCUUGCUGCUGAUGGAGUUGGACUUGCUGUGAUUGUUGUGCAGUUUGCCAAAGUUAAGACAUACCGAGGAGAAGUUGUUAUUCAAAAUGUUAUGCAUGCUACCAAGUUAUUGUGGAAUGCUGAGAUUCCAGAAGUUGCUGCCUUUCGUGAUGGUUUGUCCUUACAUGGUCUUGAUGCUGAUAUCCCUAUUGGCCAAAUUGGUGGUGGAUUCCACAACAUGCCUGCCAAUGAGGAGUUCAUUACAAUGUUUCCUAGGAAGAACAUUAUGGAGCUUCAUGACACAGCUGAGGAGGGUUUGUUUUUAGUCCUAGCAGAAAUUAGUGGCUUAGUUGAUGGUGAAAAGUGGUGGUACACUUCAUGUCGCUGCCGCAGAUCUGUUACUGUUGAGGAUGGAAUUUAUUUCUGUGCUGCUUGCUCCACUCAUGUUAUUGAUGUUACUCCUAGGUUUCGCAUAAAGAUUGAGGUUUGUGAUGGGGAUGAGGUUGCUUCCUUUGCAAUCUUUGACACUGAUUGUGAGAACAUUCUAAAGAAGAGUUGCAGGGAGUUAGUUCUAGGCUCAAAGGGAAAAUCUGUUGAAGAAUACCCUGAUGCAAUAAAGGAAUUGAUUGGGAAGGAAGCCAUUUUCAAAGUUGAAAAGUCAAGUGAUCAUGGUAUGAAGUAUGAUGAUUCAUACAAAGUGAAAAAGAUUUGUGAUGAUUUGUCCAUCAUUCAGCUUUUCAAGGACAAGACAAAGAUUCAAACACCAACUAUGCUCAUUACUCAUCCAUUUUCUUCCAAAACUGCAUCUGAUGACCAAGAAUCUCCGUUCAGUGAUAAAUCUAUUGGUUGUUCUAGCGAAUUUUCUGCAGUUCCUGACAGUACUCUCUCUCUUGAUGAUCUUUCACAAUUUACAGAGUCAUCAGUUACUUCUGCAGCUUCCAAAUUUGAAGAUGAUGGUGCAAGCAUUUCCAAACCUGGAAAGAGGAAGAGGUUGGUGCAAGUAAAGACUGAGAAGUGAAGCUGCUUAGUUAUUUAUUAUGGACAUCUUUAGACUUAUUUUGUGGCUGUGCUUUGAUGCAUAUCAGAUUAUAUUUUGUGUUUAUGACUAUUAUGAACUACUUAGACUAUGUUUGUUGACUAAUUAUCAUAGUCUACCAAUCAUUUCUGUGGUUGGGUAUUAUGUAAUAUGAGAAUAUGAGAUGUCCCUGUAUUUGAAUUCUGGAGUUCAUGUUGUGUAAUGUCCUAGACUCAAGUUGUUCUUAAGUU